AUGGCGGAUGAAGAGGAUCAAAAUGUGUCUUUAGAUCUUUUUACAGAUCACGACACUGUGUGCAAACAAAAAUACUUUACUUUACUUAAACACUGCAGGCAGAUCGAGCAGGUGAUGUACGCGACGGUUUUGGGAGAACUAACAUAUCUUGAAAUGCAGGGCUACUAAUUACUGAGUGUUGACGAAGUUGAAAAUCACCUAAACUUUGUUUUGAUCCACAGGAGAACGAGAGAUUAGUCAAUCGUAUAUACCAUGUUAAGACUCUUUUAAAGCGCUAUCGAAAACAGCGAAGGUAAGAGAAUUUUUGCCUGUCUCGGUGAAUUUACCGAUAGUCUAACUUGGAAGCAAUAAAAUAAUUUUGAAAAGAAAACUUUUAUCUCAAGUUGUUACUGAUAGAAAUGAACAGAGUACGAUUCAGCGAAAGAGCUAAUGCUGACAUGUGAUAAGAACUAGCGAAAAAUUACAGAAAAACAAUGAUAGAAAGAGAAGUCUCGCAACAACAAAAUAUCGUUGUGAUCAUAACUAAGAAAUAUGCUAAAAAAAAAAAAAACAAUUUCACCAAAAGGAUUCAAAGGCUAACUCCCCUAACUGGUGGCCUUAAGUUUCUUUGCGGGCUGUUUGAGAGAAUUGAAGUUAUACCAAGGCUAUGUCCAUAAUCUGAUAAUUUUCUUAGUUUUCAUUACCUGUCUGGUUGUCAGUGUACGACAAUUUUAAGAUAGUAUUUAAUGAUUACUUCUGGAGUUGAAAGGGUGAAUAUGUUAUUAAAUGUAAAUAUGUCUCUUAGUUUUUCAAUCUGCUAUGUUUUUAGCUUUCUCAAGGACAGAUUAGAUGAGUAUAAUGAUGACUAUCGAGCUGCACAGCCACCAUUUCAGGUGAGGCUCAAUUUAAUUUUAUCUUUCCAUUAAUUACCUUGUAGUAUAUCACAUCAUCAUUGGAAUGUUUAGUUGUAAAAAGAAGUGAUUUAUCCAACCAAUUUUUGUGUGGGAGUCAUCAUCAAGUAUUACCUUUAAAGACUCUUUAAUUAACUGGGAUGCAACAUGUAUGGCUACAUUUGUUGUUUUUUUUUUCAUAUCUCAAUCUAAAAAUCUAACAUAGCAAUUUUUUUCUCUCCCCAGGCUGAACUACUCUCAGAGAUAGUUUCAGAGGCAUUUCCAAAAUCUGCACCUUCUCCCCUCUUACCUGGUGAAUUAAUGAGUCCAGACUCACCACCUGUGAAAAAGAACAAGAAACGUGAUAACUCAAAGGACAAGGACAAAGAUAAAGAUCCAAAUGCACCUAAAAAACCAGCCAAUGCUUUCUUUAUGUACUGCCAACAGCAGCGCACUGUUAUGCAAGAUGAUCAGAAGGACCCCAAUAUAGGACACCAUGAGUUAACUAAGUCACUUGCCAAGGAAUGGAAUAACUUGGACACUGAAGAUAAAAAGGUUUGGAAAAGAAAGGACAUUGUUAUACAAUGUUACACGUUGUUCAAUCCUGCAUUGUCUAUAGAAAAGUCCUCUAUCAGGAAGAGGAAAACAGUUAAAAACAAUUUAAAAGCUAAACUGACUCUUGGAAUUACAUUGGCAUUUCUUACAUACGGGUAAUGCCAACAAUGUCUCUGAAGUCAUUACCUACUUCUUUACAUGUAAAGACUGUUUAUUGGUUGUUUUUUAUUAUCUUUUAGGUUUACUAUGAAAUGUAUGAAAAAGAUAAAGAGAGAUAUGAAAAAGAAAUGAAAAAAUACACAUCAGACAAGGUCCCCAAAGAACCUCCUGUAAAGAAAGCAAGGACCAAAACUCCAAAACAGAAAGCGGUUGCAUCAUCAACCCCAAAGACCACAGCAGUCAUUUUGAACAAGGGUUCUCCUGAUCAGAGAAGCUCAGUGGAAUCACCAACUCUAAACAACCCACUGUCUCCACAAAGCCUUGCCUCCAUGCAGCUAAAUAUUCCACACAUUCCGAUGCCGCAGCUUCUUUCCCUCACGGGGGAAGAUGGUGGUUUUGACAACUAUCAAGAGAUGCACUCUUCUCCUCAAGAUUCAUUUCUUUAGUUUCUGUAGUGUGUUUCCCAGUUUAUUGCCAUUUUAAAUCAGUGUCCUCGAUAUAAUUUUUUGUUGGUGCUUAAAAAAUUUCUGAAUUUUUUUACCCUAAGAUGAUUCAUUUAAUUACCUUUUUUUCUCUUUCCCUACCAAACAGGCUAUUUUUUUUAAUUUGGUAGCUAGGAGUUGCAGCUAAAAGAAUACAUAUUUUCAGCUGAACUUCUAUGAGUUCAAAUGAUAUUUGUUAUUACUCUCUAGUUCGUUUUCUAAAAGCUCAUCAAAACUAUCAAUCCAUGGGUGAAAUAUGUGAUCUGUAUUUCAUUGCACUCAAAACUAUCAAUCCAUGGGUGAAAUAUGUGAUCUGUAUUUUAUAGCACUUUGUUGUGUGGGAAAUAAGUAGCAGAAUUUUUUUGGCUGGGAACUAGGCAAUUUGUAUUGUACAUACCACAGGUAGAGUGAAACUCCACCUUACUCAAAUUUGUUUCUUAGGUGAAAUAGUGAAAAAGAAAGCUUUACCUAUCAUGAGUUUCAAACAUGAAAUACUUGACAAGCAUGACAAGCAAAACACAAGUGCAUACAAUGGGGUAUCUUGUUCAGAUUUCAGUGAAUUGAUAGAAUAUUACAGCAAGAAAUGGUGGGAGAAUAGGUGACAUUAAAAGGAGCAUAAAGAAAAAUGUCAUCAGCAAAGACUGCUUUCUAUGGUUUCAGAGCCAAAGAGUAUAUUUAAACUUCAAAUUUACAUUGAGCUCUGUAUACCCAACAUUAUGUUUGGGCAAAUGAACUAGUAUAUGUAAAAAAAAUCAAUGUAAAUAAAUAUCAAAUGAAUGUGA